UUCGCAACCCCAUCCCAGAAAUUCAAGAGAUUCAAUUGCAGCGCCAAUCUCUAAACCUCAAGAUGGAGUCUCAACCCUCAUCCAAGACACUUCACAACCGCAUCAACACGAACAUCUCCCAACUCCUCCAACGCUUCGAAAAUAUCAUGGCCACAGCUACAACCGAAAGCACAAGCCACACCUCCACCGCCGUCGAAACCUACCAGCUCGACGUCGAGUCCACCGCCUUAGUUCGCGCCGCAGAAGACAUCCUCGCUUUGACACGCGUGAUGAAAGAGACGUGGUUGUUUGGGAAAUUGGAUACGUUAGGGGAGGACGAGGCGGAGGUGAAGCGGCGGGAGGCGCUGGAGAGGGAUGCGGGGGCGAUUCAGCGGGCGAUUGAGGAGGGAGGAGCUUUAAAGGCGAAUGUUGCUAAGCAGGGGUGAGGGAGGUCUGGCUGUGCUGGACGGGGAUUUGAUAUUUGGGCUGGAGUUUAUGGGAUGGGCGUAACUAUGGGGUUCGGUUCCUGGACUGUACAGCAUGGCAUUUACUUUUGGGGCAUUCUGUUGCAUAUGGUUAAGAGCAAUUCACUGACAAA